CAGCGCGCAGCGAAGAUGGCUGAGAAGCAGAAGCACGACGGGCGGGUGAAGAUCGGGCACUACGUGCUGGGGGACACCCUCGGGGUCGGCACCUUCGGCAAAGUCAAGAUUGGAGAACACCAGCUGACAGGACAUAAAGUUGCCGUAAAAAUUUUAAAUAGACAGAAAAUUCGGAGUUUGGAUGUGGUUGGGAAAAUCAAGAGAGAAAUUCAAAACCUAAAACUCUUUCGGCACCCUCAUAUUAUCAAACUAUAUCAGGUCAUCAGCACUCCAACUGAUUUUUUCAUGGUAAUGGAAUAUGUAUCUGGUGGCGAAUUGUUUGAUUACAUCUGUAAGCAUGGACGUGUGGAAGAUGCAGAGGCUAGACGCCUUUUCCAGCAGAUUCUCUCUGCAGUGGAUUACUGUCACAGGCAUAUGGUUGUCCACAGAGACCUGAAACCAGAGAAUGUUCUGCUGGAUGCACACAUGAAUGCCAAGAUAGCUGAUUUUGGGUUGUCGAAUAUGAUGUCAGAUGGUGAAUUUCUGCGAACCAGCUGUGGCUCCCCAAACUAUGCAGCACCUGAAGUCAUCUCCGGAAGGUUGUAUGCUGGCCCUGAGGUGGAUAUCUGGAGUUGUGGUGUUAUUCUCUAUGCUCUUCUCUGUGGGACGCUGCCAUUCGACGAUGAACAUGUUCCCACGCUCUUUAAGAAGAUCCGUGGAGGUGUUUUCUACAUCCCCGAAUAUCUCAACCGUUCAGUUGCCACUCUCCUCAUGCACAUGCUGCAGGUUGACCCACUCAAGCGAGCAACCAUCAAGGACAUAAGAGAACACGAGUGGUUUAAACAAGACUUGCCCAGUUAUUUGUUUCCAGAGGAUCCUUCUUACGAUGCCAAUGUCAUUGAUGAUGAUGCAGUGCGGGAAGUUUGUGAGAAGUUUGAAUGCACGGAGUCGGAGGUGAUGAACAGUUUGUAUAGCGGUGACCCACAAGACCAGCUUGCAGUAGCUUACCACCUUAUUAUUGACAAUCGGAGAAUCAUGAACCAAGCCAGUGAGUUCUACCUCGCCUCUAGUCCGCCCACUGGCUCAUUUAUGGAUGACAGCACUAUGCACAUACCUCCAGGGGUGAAACCACACCCAGAGCGGAUGCCUCCUUUAAUAGCAGACAGUCCCAAAGCACGGUGUCCCUUGGAUGCACUGAAUACUACCAAGCCAAAACCUCUGACUGUGAAAAAAGCCAAGUGGCAUCUAGGAAUCCGCAGUCAAAGCAAACCGUAUGACAUUAUGGCUGAAGUGUACCGAGCUAUGAAACAGCUGGAUUUUGAAUGGAAGGUGGUGAACGCCUAUCAUCUUAGAGUGCGUCGAAAGAACCCGGUGACCGGGAAUUAUGUGAAAAUGAGUUUACAGCUUUACCAGGUUGACAAUCGCAGCUAUCUUUUGGACUUUAAAAGCAUUGAUGAUGAUGUCAUGGAGCAGAGGUCAGGCUCCUCCACACCACAGCGCUCAUGCUCUGCGGCUGGCUUGCACAGACCAAGACUGAGUAUUGAUUCUACCACUGCUGAAUUCCAGUCGCUUACUGGAUCCCUGACUGGCUCCUUGAUUGGGAGCGUGGCCUCCGUUACUCCACGCCUGGGUAGCCACACCAUGGAUUUUUUUGAAAUGUGUGCCAGUCUGAUCAUGGCAUUAGCUCGCUGA